AUGGAAACAAUAGCCGUCCUUAUGAUAGGCCUCGCUCGCGGCUGUCCUGUCUCCGUCGGUUAUCUCAAAGUACCUGACGGCAAAUCGAUCAUCAGAGACGCAGAUAGUGAUAUAGAGUGGUCUCCCCCGGUUGCAGAUCGAGCCGGAUAUGCCCGGGUCAACAAGUUAGCAGAAGCCGGAAGUAUAUUGUACCAAUGGUGUGCCGUAAAUGGCAAUUUCCAACAGUCGGGAUCUCCAAACCGUAGUAACGCCGAGCUAAAGAAUCCCAAGUCACUGGAAUUAAACGAUUCUGCCCAGAUGAGACUAGGGACGGAGGGAAAGGGUCAUGUCAUUUAG